CCAAAGUAUUGCUCUGUCGACUGUCAUGUCGGAGGAGCUCUGUGAGUGAGCUGCUGAGGCGUGCAGCUACAUCUCCUCAGGAGUGGAAUAAAUCCAGAGAGCAGAACACCUGCAGAGGCCUGAGAAGCAAGCUGUAAGAAUAGUUAGAUUUAAAAAUGGUUGUAGAGGGUGAGAUGGAGUCGAAUGUUACGGAGCCGGAGAGCUUUUGGGAUAUCCUCCAGGAGAUGGACCCAGUAUGGACCACCACAGUUCUGCUGGUGCCGUUUGUAGUCGUGCUAACCGCUGGAUUUUUCUACCUCUAUGGUGCGGUUAUCAGUCUGUUGUCCAAAACAUCCGUACGCAAUAAGGUGGUGGUUAUAACCGAUGCUUUAUCCGGGCUUGGAAAAGAAUGUGCAGGUGUGUUUCACAAAGGAGGGGCGAGGCUGAUCCUCUGUGGCAAAAGCUGGGAGAAACUUGAAGAACUUGCCGAUGAUUUGGCAAACGCCUCAGACCCAACUGUAACGUUUCCCUCUAAACUGGUGCUGCUGGAUUUUGGAGAUAUGGACAGCAUGCCUGAGGCGAUCGCAGAGAUCCUGGAGUGUUACGGCUGCCUGGAUAUUCUCAUCCUCAACAGCAGCAUAAAGGUCAAAGCACCUGCACAGAGUCUGUCUCUGGAGAUGGACAAGUUACUAAUGGACAACAACUACUUUGGACCGGCCACACUGGCCAAAGGUUUGCUGCCCUCCAUGAUCUCCAGGAGAGCUGGCCACCUGCUCCUGGUCAACAGCAUCCAAGGGAAACUAGCGGUGCCUUUCCGCACUGCAUAUGCAGCCUCUAAACAUGCGGUCCAGGCCUUCUUUGACUGCCUGAGAGCUGAAGUGGAAGAGUACGGCAUCUCCGUCAGCACCAUCAACCACACCUUCAUCAGUCACUCUGCGUCUGAAAACACAGAGGCAGCCUCCUCCCGAUCCAUCUGGUCACUGUUGUACACUAAGAAACCCUUUGGCGUUUCUCCAGAUGAGGCAGCUGCUGAGAUCGUGAAGACUUUAAACAACAAGAGGAAAGAGGUGGUAAUUGCUCCCUCGCUCCCCAAGGUGGCCAUCUACACCAGAUCCUUCUUCCCUAAUGUGUUCUUCGCUGUGAUGGCUGCAGGAGUAAACAACGCUGCUGCCUCUGAGAAGAUGUAGUGCUGCGGCCGUAAUGACUGAGGAUAUUUAUGACGGGGCGAAGGUGAAACAAAUCAGUGGAAAAUUACAGCAGGUCUGGGAUUGAUGUUUUAUCGCCCAUUCAUCCAUGCAGGCAGCCUGAAAAUAACUUUGAUAAUCUGUUCUGUCCUGUUUUUCCAUUAAAUCUUUUGAGCUACAUUUAAGAUGUGAGCCCCCAGAUUGCAUUUAAACCAUCUGAGUGUUGAUCUUAAAUGUACUGACAAGGAAUAUGGUCAAACUUAAAAAUGAUCUUUAAAAAUGUGUACAGAGAACAUGCUGUCCUGAGUUGUGAUGACAUCCAAAGGACACCUCAUAUUUAUCGUUAUAUGUUGAUUUUCCAUAGUUUCUCCAUCAGAAGGAAUCAUUUUCUGUAUAUUUUACAGGUUAACGUACAUAAAAUUAUCACUAGAGUGCAGAAUUUACAUAAAAAUUGUAUCUGUUCUUGUAUUUGUGGACUUGAUAACAUUUAGAAUACAAAUAAAAGUAUCUAUGUGUAAGCCCA